AAAUACUAAGACCAGUUGUAGCUGAGGUCAUUCCAGCAUCGUUCUCUGUAAACCAGCACGCCAGCAGCAUGCGUCUCCUCGUCCUCCUAGCUCUUCUAGGUUCCGCACUAGCGGUCCCGAGAAAUCCCAGCCGUAUCGUUGGUGGUACAGAAACUACCGUCGAGGAGUACCCUUACAUGGUAAACAUGCAAUACUCAUCGUCAGGCAUGUUCUUUUGGUUUCAAAGAUGCGGUGGAUCUCUGCUGACCUCCACUGCGGUGCUCUCUGCAGCACAUUGCUUCUAUAAAGACGCUGACUGGCAAUGGCGUGUGGUUCUUGGCACUUCAUUCAGAAAUGGUGAAGGUGGCUCCGUCCAUACCAUACAGCGAGUGAUCAUACAUCCGCAAUACAUAGACAAGAUCUGGAACAAUGACGUGGCCAUCGUCCGCUUCACCGGACCAGCUGUAUUCUCCAAUACUGUUCAACAAGCGAGGAUUCCUGGGACUCAGUACAACGUGGCUGACGGCUCUCUUGUAACACACGUAGGCUGGGGCCAUCAGUGGACUAACGGCCCGCAUUCGGAGCAGCUGUUGCAUGUCCACGUGAACGUCAUCAACCAGGAAGAGUGUGCAGCUCGUUACGCUUACCUCAAGACUCAGCCUGGUUACGAGGAUUGGCCAGACAUUAACGAAGGCAUGGUGUGCGCCGGGAUCCUGGAUGUGGGCGGCAAGGACGCCUGUCAGGGAGACUCUGGCGGACCCCUCGCCCAUCACGGAGACAUCAUCGUUGGAGUUACAUCUUGGGGAUUUAACUGCGCAGAUCCAUUCUAUCCUGGAGUCAGUGCACGAGUUACUCAAUAUACCGAUUGGAUUGUGGCUAACGCAAAUUAAAAUAUGAAUUAAGUUUUAGUUAUCCCUAAGUUUCUUUAUUCGAUGAUUUUUUUAACUUGGACAAUAUUGCGAGAACUAAAUAGGUGUAAACUAUCUUACGUAACUAUAUUGUGUAUGCAGCAGUUGGUUCUUAGUAAAUAUUGCAAAAAAAAAAGAAAUGAAAUGUCAACAAGGAGAUAGUAACUUAACUAUAAAGGUUUAGGUACGUUAUGUCCGACAAAUAGGAAAUUAAUGAGUAAUAAAAAUAUGUGGACAACGGGAAAUGCAAUCAAAACAAGUAGUUACAAACAUAGCCAUACAGUGUACCUACCUACAUAAUAGCUGUGAUAAUAGUUCUUAUCAAAAUGUUACUUUCUGAUUGCUAAUUAUAAUCUGUGAUACUACUGAUAACUAGCGUAAUAUAUUGGGUAUUACCUAUUGAUAAUUUUUUUACUUACAAGUGCCGUUAAUCGGAGCUUCCCAGGUCGGGAAACUCCAGUAAAAUACCAAAUCCAGCUGGUAUCUAAUCUGCUUAAGAGAAAAAUAAAAAUUGUAAAUAACAUU